AUGGCCGUACUACGCGCAUGCUCGCCCAUUGCAACGGCCUUGGUCGCUCUGCUUCUCCUACCGAGACCUGUUACAGCAGUGCCGCAUAACCACGGGCACAAACACGUGCACCGACAUGUCUCGUCAGCCAACGACCUCAUCACUCUGGGCCCUGAGUCGCUGGCACGUCGAGACACAUCAUUGAACGUUGGAGAUCUCCCACGCUACAGCGAGGAGGAUCUCAUCAAACACGCGAGCACAUGCGCUCGGGGACCAGAACAACUUCCCCUCAACCCGGGCGUACCCAGACCCGUCGAGAUCACCAAGAUACCAGAACUCGAUCUCUUCCCACCGCCAGAGAGUGUACCUGGUAUUCUGACCAUGCACAACUAUUGUGGGUACGACCUUUACUGGUUCCACUUCCACGACACGGAAUUUGAACAUGGAAGUUUGCCUGCCGGGGGGACUGAGGCCAGACCGCUCGCGGGCAAGGUCAUGAAAGUGUCCAAGACGACGCCCAUGUCUCACGAACUGCAAGUCGAAUAUGCCCCUAAGACUAAUGGCGAAUUGUGGUAUAAUCUCAGUCUGAUCAAUUGUAUCGCUUGGCAGAAUGGGAAGCUCACUACCGAUACGUCAGGGUGCGCGGGUCAUGAAGCAGGAUUGCAGCUGGGUCAGAAUGGCGGGCUGGCCUUCCAGUGUCGUUCUUACACCUCAUUCGGGGUCAACGCUGAAUACCGGGAAACCUACAUCAACGCUACAUCUUCUCAUUUGCUUAUUGUUGGCUCAUCGUAG